AUGGUGCCGCAAGCCCACAACCAACAUGGCCGAUUCAUUGAUAUGCGGCGAUACUCAAUGCAGGGUGAGUUCAGUCCUAAAUAGAGAUGUGAAGCAGUUUGGAAAGAAGUUCAUGUUUGACAGCAACGAGGAGACUUGCUGGAACUCAGACCAGGGUGACUGUCAGUGGUUGAUUUUGGACUUCCCCCAAUCGGUUAGAUUGUCUGAAUUUAAAGUUCAGUUCCAGGGAGGCUUUUCAGCCAAAACAUGCAGGCUGGAAGGUUCUUCAGUAGAUCGAGACUUCACAGUGAUUAGUCAUUUUUACCCAGAGGACAACAACUCUCUUCAGUGCUUUCCCAUACAGGAGUCGGCCACCGUGAACAGAAUAAAAAUAACAUUUGAGCACAGCACUGACUUUUUCGGGAGGAUUAUUGUUUAUAUUUUGGACAUCCUCGGGGAGAAAUCCACAUGACUGAGAAGAAAUAUGCAGGACAUCAGAAGACGAAUGUGCUGCCACAGCAUAAAUGGACUGGAAUGCUUUUUUUUAUUUUUAUGGAAUUGACACUGCAACCGGUGCUAAUGAUUCCCUCUCAGAAAACCGCGACGAUACCGAUACUAUGUAUCGGUACCACUAGUAGUUUUGAUACAUAAAAUUUCCCCCAAAAAAGUUGUGAAUGAAGACUCAUGUCACUUCAACCAUGUCCAUCCAGUUAAUCUGUUGAAUUCCUCUCAAAUGCCCACAAAGUAUACAAUUAUCAUUCUAGCAAAGCACAGCAUAAAAAAAUACAUUUAUUUCAAGUUGUUUAUAUCCAUUCUUGCUGCUCUACAGCCAAACUAAAUAAUCUUGCUUCACAGUUGGCAAAAAAAAUAUUUUUUUUCAUGAUACUGCCUUAAAAACAAAAAAAAGUAGUCUCUCAGUGUCACUGUAAUUUAUCGGCAUGCUGGCUUGUAGAGUCUUAGAAUAUGGUCCUCCAAAACCUUCUGAACUACAACACACAGAAAAAAGAAAUUACUGUGUUGAAAUAAGCAAGUAACUGUGUGAAAAGAUGUCAAGCAGAAAGGUUCUAAUUACUCUUUUUGUAUCCGAGGGCAACAGCCAAUGCCAUUGCGCUGUAGCCAGAAUCGGACUCUGUGGUCAUGUCGGCUCCUUUGGCUCCAAAAGAACAAAAUGAUAGCUUAGUGUAAAGAAGGGGACAAAUGUAUAAAAAAUUAAAUGAACAUACCCAA